CCCCGGAAGGGACAUGUAACCAACAGAGGGCAGCAGCCACCGAAGAGAUUUUUCAGGACCAAAGUGCAAAUGUUUGUUUUGAAGCGGAACAGAAAGUGGGUUAACCGAGACUAAAACUGACUUUAAGAGAAAUAAAACCCGAGUUUGACAGAAGAGGACAUAUGACGCUGUAAAAAAAUAGAAAUGUCCUGCAACAUGGACGGAGUUUUUCCAUCAGAAGAUGAGAGGAAGGAACCAGCUGAUAUGGAGACUGACUAUGAAGGUGACCAGUUUGAAAGUAGAUGGAUCGAAGAACUCAGACUGGUCCUCGUUGGACGGACCGGAUCUGGCAAGAGUGCGUCUGGAAACACCAUCCUGGGCCGCAGCCAGUUCCUGUCGCAGAUCAGCGCCAGCUCCGUCACCCAGAUUUGUGCGCUCGGCAGCACUGAGCUCACUGAGGAAGAGGACGACAACCAGGCUGUCACGCAGAGGAGGAAGAGGAGGAUAACUGUGGUCGACAUGCCAGGUUUUGGGGACACUCACCUCAGCGUGGAGCAGACGCAUGCAGAAAUAGCCAAAUGUGUGUCUCUCUCUGCCCCUGGUCCACACGCGUUCCUCCUUGUGGUGCCAGUCGGACGAUACACAGACAACGAGGACCGGGCCGUGAGCCAGCUGAGCCACAUAUUUGGAGAAGGUGCUGUCCGUCACCACACUGUAGUUGUUUUUACCAGGGGUGAUGACCUGGAGGGAAUUGGGAUUGAAAAAUAUCUGAGAGAGACUGCACCUGCUGGUCUUACAGCUCUUAUUGGCAGGUGUGGAGGUAGAUACCAUGUUCUCAACAACAAAGACCCCGGUAACUCAACUCAGGUUAAAGACCUGUUGAGGAAGGUGGAUAAGAUGGUGCAGCUGAAUAACGGAGGGUUUUAUACCAACGCUGUGUUCUUGGAGGCAGAGGUUGCCAUCACAGAGGAGCAAACAAGGAUGCUGAGGGAGAGAAUACAAGCAGAGGGUGGAGAAGGAGAAGAAGAGGGGGGAAACAGCAGCGUGGAAGAACAAAGUGAAGUUACAAAACGAAGAAAGUGUGACUUGGAGUCCGGUAGAGGAGAUGAAGAGGCGUUUAGGGUUGAGAGAUGGACAGAGGAGAGCAGAAGAAACGCCUUCAGCCUCCUGAGGGACCGGUUCCGAGGGAGGCAUCAUGGGUUCAGCCGGCGACGUUCCCUCCGUUCAUCGCUGAGCCGCUUGAGGAGGGAAGCUGCGCUCUCUGCUAAGGUUCUGGACAGGGUAAAGAUCCUGGUGGCUGCUGGAGCGACGGGCAUGGCCGUCGGGGUUGUGUUUGGAGCUGCUGCUCCGUUAGCCGCCGCAGCGGGGGCGUCUCUUGUAGGAAACUCCGUAGGUUUUGCUGCAGGGCAGUUGGCUGGGAUGUCUGUAGCAGGAGGAACAGGGGUGGGGAAAGCUGUAGGGGCCAUAGUGGCAGCAGCAUCCGGAAAAACUGCAGUGGCUCUGGGGGCAGCAACCGGUGGAGUUUUGGGGGGUUCUGUUGGCGCUGUUGCUGGCACUGAGGCAGCAAGUCCUCAGGAGGGAGCUGUAGAUGCCUUGGCUCAGGUUAGCGUGAUCGGAGCCUCUGCCGUGGGAGUGGCAGCAGGUGUGGGAUGUGCCCUGGGAGCAGGCGCUGCUUUAGGUGCAGCUCUGGAGGGAGCAGCUUUUAGCUCAGCUGCUCUUAGCGGAGCAGAAACUGCAACUUCAGCAGCUCAGGGGAGUUUAGCUUCAGCAGGACCACAGCACGCAGUGGCCUUUGCUGCUGCAGGACCUCCUCAGUGUGCUGCAGCUUUAGCUCAAGAGGUGGCUGUUGGGUCAGCGGGGGCCGUGUUUGAUGCAACAGGACCCGGCGUGGUCUCAGUGACCAGAGCGGCUGUACCGAACCACUGGGGCGCCGUGAUGGUAACGACUCGCAUCUUGAGCGCGGUGGCUGAGAUCGGCAAAGCUGCAGCAGGAAUCGCCCUGGCUGGUGGUCUGGUGGUGAAGGUGGUGAAGGAGAAAGUGAGAUCUGGAACAGGCUCAACAGAAACCAGCUGCUCCGAGAAGAAAUCUUAUGAAAUCUACUGGAACAAAUAA